AUGUCAGCACCACAACAAGCUGAAAGCUCUAGCGCGGGUCGCAAGCGUUCAAAAUGGGAGUCGCUGGACGAGGCCGACGAACCCACACCUCGACGUGUAAAGAUCAAGCGCCCAAAGCGUGAGGCCGUCGAAAGCUCUCCUUUGCCCAACUCGGUCAGUUCGCUACGAGCCGGAACCUCGACACCUCCAUCCCGUUCCCCUCGGUUGGUGACAGCAGCGGAUUCCAGUCGCUCACGUUACGUGCCCCGCCGCUCCCUCUACCCACCCAUAGCACCCUGUCGCAGCGUUUAUACCUACGAGAGACUAAAUCAUAUUGAAGAAGGCUCGUAUGGUGUCGUCUUCCGCGCUCGAGAUAGGGAUACAGGGGAUAUCGUUGCGCUCAAGAAGCUCAAGUUGGAUCAAGAGAAGGGCGGGUUCCCGAUCACGAGCUUGAGAGAGGUCAUGGCGCUCAUGACGUGUCGACAUAAACAUGUGGUACCGAUCAGGGAGAUUGUCGUGGGGGACACAUUGACACAGAUAUUCAUCGUAAUGGACUUUAUAGAACACGACCUUAAGACACUCCUCACUGUGAUGCCCACCCCCUUCCUCCAAAGCGAGAUCAAGACGCUCUUGCUCCAACUCCUGUCUGCUGUCGCACACUGUCAUGCCAACUGGGUGCUACAUCGGGACCUUAAGACCUCCAACCUGCUAAUGAAUAACAGAGGGCAGAUCAAGGUGGCGGAUUUUGGACUGGCAAGGACAUUUGGCGAUCCUCUGGGAAAGAUGACGGAAUUGGUGGUGACAUUGUGGUACCGCGCACCUGAACUCCUCCUGGGUGCAAAAACGUACUCCACAGCAAUAGACGUCUGGUCUGUUGGGUGCAUCUUUGGCGAGCUCCUACUCAACGAACCCCUCUUCCAAGCCAAAGGCGAGAUUGAGAUGCUUUCCAUGAUUUCCAAGCUCCUAGGCCCACCUACGGAGCAAACUUGGCCCGGAGUCGAAGACUUGCCGCUGGCGAGUACGAUCAACUGGCCUGCGCGGACGAGUAGCUUGAGGAGCAGGUUCCCGUAUAUUACAGAGGCGGGGCUCGAUCUUCUCGACAGAUUCCUGACGUAUGAUCCUGAGAAGAGGAUCUCAGCGGAGGAGGCGAUGGGACAUCCGUAUUUCUCUGAAUCACCGCUACCGAAGCACCCAGAUCUUUUCGGCUCUUUCCCUUCCAUUGCCGCUGGAGAAAAUUCGGUCCCCUUCUGCACCCCAACGGAUCGCCAACUACCAAAUGGAAUUCGAUUUCGGCUUAUAGUAGCCGAUCCAUCCAUUGGUAGGCGGCGGUACACGAGCCUCACUCGGAGGGCUGAUUGUUCAACAUCUAUACGCUUGACUUCGCCCGGUGUGAUCGGCGUACAAUACCAGCGACGACGGGCAAAGUUCAUGGGAGAUGUUGCAGGGCAUGUCAUCGGAAACGGGCUCAUGGGGUGUCGCCGGACGAGCAGCUUUUAUAUUCCUACGCGCGCGCCUGUCUGUAGGAGCACAACAUCCGCAUCUGUCAACCAGCAGGAAUUUCCAAUGGCUCAGUAUCUCGCUCAACACACCACCGAAGCCUGUUGUCAAGCAGUCAAGCACACCGGCACGCCUAGGGGCGAACUGAUCGACGUCGGCGGUGUGCAGACGUAUAUCACCUACCCUCCCGACAAGAGCACGGAUCGGGUGAUCAUCUUCUACUGCGACGUGUACGGCCCGCAUUUCCUCAACAAUCAGCUCGUGAUGGACUUCUUUGCUGAGCACGGCUACACUGUCAUCUCCCCCGAUUACUUCAACGGGGAGCAACUGGAGAAGCUGCGUGAACAGCCCGGGUUCGACACGAUGGCGUGGGCUGCUCCAUACCGCGUGUCGGUACCCAAGUUUGUGGUGGACAAGUUCUUGCCUGCCGUUAAGGAGAAAUUCACGAGUGUCAAGGCGUACGCCUCGGUUGGAUACUGCUUCGGCGCACCUAUGGUGCUGAACGACCUGGUCGCCGGCCGGUCGGAGGCGGGCGCUGUCGCUCAUCCCAGCACGCUCACCGAGCAGGUGUUCCGCGACAUCAAGAAGCCCAUCUUCCUCAGCUGUGCCGAGGUUGACCGCGCGUUCCCACCCGAGAGUAGGCACAAGGCGGAGGCCAUCCUAGCUGAGGGCAAGAAGAUCUACCACUUCCAGUUGUUCAGUGGUGUAAGCCAUGGGUUUGCCAUCAAGGGCGAUAUGAAUAACGAGAAUGAGCGUUGGGCAAAGGAACAGAGCGCUUGGGGUAUCAUCAGUUGGUUCGAUCGGUUUCUUAAGAAAUAAGCGCCUGUUGGAACGCACAAAGCUUUGAUAUGGCGAGAACUGUAUCACGUAUGGUAGAUCGA